GUGCGGGGAGAAGACAGACGAUAACAAAUAACAGGGACCAUGAGAAGAGGAGGGCUAGGGGAGAUUGAGUGACACUCCCCCAUUCCUCCAUGGGCAAGAAGGGCAAAGUCGGGAAGAGCCGGCGGGACAAGUUCUAUCACUUGGCGAAGGAGACUGGUUACCGUUCCCGCUCUGCUUUCAAGUUGAUCCAGCUGAAUCGCCGCUUUCAGUUUCUGCAGAAAGCUCGAGCCUUGCUGGACCUGUGCGCUGCACCAGGUGGAUGGCUGCAGGUGGCUGCCAAGUUUAUGCCUGUAUCCAGCCUUAUUGUGGGAGUGGAUCUGGUUCCAAUCAAGCCUAUUCCCAAUGUGAUAACACUCCAGGAGGACAUUACAACAGAACGCUGUAGACAGGCCCUGAGGAAGGAGCUGAAGACCUGGAAAGUUGAUGUUGUGCUCAACGACGGGGCCCCCAACGUGGGAGCUAGCUGGGUCCACGAUGCUUAUUCACAAGCCCAUUUGACAUUGAUGGCUCUGCGUUUGGCUUGUGAUUUUCUGGGCCGUGGUGGCUGCUUCAUCACAAAGGUCUUCCGUUCCCGUGACUAUCAGCCCUUAUUGUGGAUCUUCCAGCAGCUGUUCCACCAUGUCCAAGCCACCAAGCCACAAGCCUCUCGCCAUGAAUCUGCAGAGAUCUUCGUGGUCUGCCAGGGAUUCCUGGCUCCUGACAAGGUUGACAGUAAAUUCUUUGAUCCCAAAUUUGCCUUCAAGGAGGUUGAAGUCCAGGCCAAGACUGUUACUGAAUUGGUGACUAAGAAGAAGCCAAAGGCUGAAGGCUAUGCUGAGGGCGACCUUACUCUCUACCACCGAACCACAGUCACUGACUUCCUCCGAGCUGCCAACCCUGUUGACUUCCUCUCCAAAGCCAGCGAAAUCUCGCUUGAUGAUGACGAGUUGGCACGGCAUCCAGCUACCACUGAGGACAUACGGGUGUGCUGUCAGGAUAUCAAAGUGCUGGGGCGCAAGGAGCUUAGGUGCCUCCUGAACUGGAGAACGAAGCUUCGGCGACAUGUGGCCAAGAAGCUGAAAGAACAAGCAAAGGCAAUGGACAUCAGCCUCAGCUCUGGGGAGGAAGAGGAAGAAGGUGAUGAAGAGGAGUCAACAGCUGGGACUGGGCAUCAGCCCUCUAAGGAGGAGGAGGAACAACUGAACCGGACCCUGGCAGAGAUGAAGGCCCAGGAGGUGGCAGAACUGAAGAGGAAGAAAAAGAAGCUGCUCCGUGAGCAGAGAAAACAGCGGGAGCGUGUGGAGCUGAAGAUGGACCUUCCUGGGGUUUCCAUCGCAGACGAGGGGGACACAGGCAUGUUCUCCCUGCGCACCAUCCGGGGUCACCAGUUGUUAGAGGAGGUAACACAAGGGGACAUGAGUGCUGCAGACACGUUUCUGUCUGAUCUGCCAAGAGAUGACAUCUACAUAUCCGAUGCUGAGGAGGAAGAUGCAUCUCUGGAUAGUGACCUGGAUCCAGAGGAGCUGGCAGGAGUCAGAGAACCUCAGAGUCUAAAGGAGCAAAAGUGUGUACGAUUUGCUGAAGCAGAAGAUGAUAAACAGGAAGAGGAAGAAGAGAAUCCACUGCUGGUUCCGUUGGAGGAAAAGGCAGUACUGCAGGAAGAACAAGCCAGCCUGUGGUUCUCAAAGGACGGCUUCAGUGGGAUGGAGGAUGAUGCCGAUGAGGCCCUGGAGAUCAGUCAGGCCCAGCUGUUGUAUGAGAGCCAUCGGAAGGGGCAGCAGCCACCACCACCACCUUCCAGUGUGCAGACUGAGAGGAAACCUCGUCCGUGCCAGGAGGAGACCCUUAAGGAGGCAGAGGCUCCUUCAGAGACAGAGGCUGCCACUGGCCCUGGAGGGGAAGAGAGAGAUGGCAGCUCUGACAGUGACAGCAGUAGCAGUGAGGACGAAGAUAGCUGGAAACCACACCGCAGGAAGAAGCGAAGCCGCGGGCCCAAGUCAGAUGACGAUGAUGGGUUUGAGGUUGUGCCUAUCGAGGACCCGGUGAAACAUCGGAUACUGGACCCUGAAGGCCUUGCUCUAGGUGCUAUUAUUGCUUCUUCCAAAAAAGCCAAGAGGGACCUUAUAGAUAACUCCUUCAGCCGGUACACAUUUAACGAGGAUGAAGGGGAGCUUCCAGAGUGGUUUGUGCAGGAGGAAAAGCAGCACCGCAUACGUCAAUUGCCAAUUGAUAAGAAGGAAGUGGAGUAUUACCGGAAAAGGUGGCGGGAAAUAAAUGCACGUCCCAUCAAAAAAGUGGCUGAAGCUAAGGCCAGAAAGAAACGGAGGAUGCUGAAGAAGCUGGAGCAAACCAAGAGGAAGGCAGAAGCUGUGGUCAACACAGUGGACAUCUCAGAACGGGAGAAAGUGGCACAGCUCCGAAGUCUCUACAAGAAGGCUGGGCUCGGAAAGGAGAAACGCCAAGUCACCUAUGUUGUAGCCAAAAAAGGUGUGGGCCGCAAAGUGCGCCGGCCAGCUGGGGUCAGAGGUCACUUCAAGGUGGUGGACUCGAGGAUGAAGAAGGACCAAAGAGCACAGCAACGGAAGGAGCAAAAGAAGAAGCACAGGCGGAAGUGAGCAGAGCCACCAGGACCUCUGGGAGGACAGUAUGAGGAGGAGUGACUUGGUGCUGCUUACACUCCAGCCUCCUUGGUACAGCCCCACCCUUGUCUACAUGGAGUCAUCAGAAAGAGAGGUGCAGGGUACCUAGAACUCUCCUCCUGGCCAGAAGAAUGGUGCUUCAUUGAAGCACCAUUGAAAUGUGUUGGUGCUGUCCCAGACCCUACAGCCCUUCUGUGAAGAAUGUGAGUUGCUGGAUGAGAAGUCACAGCAUUUUUAAAUCAUGAGGAGGUCAGUACUGUACUCUAUUCCUGGGCAAGUGGGCCUCUCAAGUCUUCCCCCUUUGUUAACUGAAUAAAAUCAGGAUGGACGAUA